CGCUAUGACGUAUACAAUGGCUGCCUUGCCCGUAAUACCCCUGCUGCUUACAAAUCGUGGCCUUCCCCGUAAAAUCGGUGUGGUGGACAGUGUUUACAUUAUUCGGGAUCCUGCCUCUAAGGUGUUAAGCCCCUUCUUCAACCAUGGGGGCCUACAAAUAUAUUCAAGAACUUUACAGGAAAAAGCAGAGUGAUGUUAUGCGGUACUUACUACGUGUCCGCGUAUGGCAGUACAGGCAACUUUCACGAGUUCACAGAGCACCCAGACCAACUCGACCCGACAAAGCUCGAAAUCUAGGAUACAGAGCCAAGCAAGGAUUUUUAAUAUACCGCACGAAAGUACGACGAGGUAACCGUAGGAAGCCUGUACCAAAGGGGUGCACAUAUGGAAAACCUAAAAAUCAUGGUGUCAAUCAAUUGAAACCUACUCGCAACCUUCAGGCUCUUGCAGAGGAACGUGUUGGACGUGUCUGUGGAGGUUUAAGGGUACUGAACUCAUACUGGGUAGGACAAGAUAAUACCUACAAAUACUACGAAGUCAUUCUGAUCGAUCCUUUCCACAAGGCUAUUCGUCGUGAUCCUAAAGUCAACUGGAUCUGUAACCCAGUUCACAAGCACAGAGAAUUGCGUGGAUUAACAUCAGCUGGACGUAGCUCCCGAGGUCUCGGAAGAGGACCAAAAUUCGCACACACCAUUGGUGGUUCUCGUCGCAAAUGCUGGCGCAGGCAGAACACCCUCCAACUCCGAAGAAAACGUUAAUUUUUUUGUUUUUGUACAUUGCCUCUUUAUAAUAAAAAUGACAAACAACUUUUUAAA